AUGUGGUCCAGAAUCGGGCCGCCUUAUAUAGUUUGUGCCAUGGGGAUGGAAGACGUGGAUUGCGGAGUCUGGAGAACAGCUCACUUCAUGCAGACUGAUGAAGAAAUGAGAAGUUCUUCCCCAGACUCGGCAACCGUGGAGACGGUGACAUGCCCCCGUAAAGUUCUUCCUCUAGCACGAGGCGAUGUAGCCAUAGGCCGAGUCUUUCCCGAAUCACACACCGAGACAUUUACCGAGAAAUAUACCGAACCAAUGAGUUACCUUGAAGAUGGAUCCGCCACCGAGAAGUAUCCCGAUUCAUGUCCCGAAAUCGUCACCGAGCACAAGUGGAGCUACGGUAAUGCCGCUCCCAGCCUCAAGCAGAAGUGA